GGGAGGAGGAGGAGGAGGAGGGGGGGAGUCAUCUGAGGAGAAAGUUCACAGUCUGCAGGAGAAGUCCACAGUGAGGGAACUACGCAUGAUGGCGGGGAAAGGACAGAGCCAGCUCCACGACCCAUGGGAGUCGGACCCGGAGCCGGAGGUGGGCCCGGCUCGGGCGGCGCCGUCCACCCGCUCCUUCCCCUUAAUCCAGGUCAUCCACAGCGGACACUUCAUGGUGUCGUCGCCGCACACCGACCCCGAACCGCGCAGGAGGGAAAGUGGCGAGUCGCUGAGGUACGACUUCGACACGGUGAACAGGACGUGGUGUCAGACCUACCGCUACCGCUCCGGCAGCCUGAGCAUCGACCCCACUCUGACCCGCCUGUUUGAGUGCAUGUCCCUGGCCUACAGUGGUAAGAUCGUCUCACCGAAGUGGAAGUCUUUUAAAGGUCUGCGGCUGCUGUGGAGGGAUAAGAUUCGUCUGAACAAUGCCAUCUGGAGAGGGUGGUACAUUCAGUAUGGGGAGAGGAAGAAGAGCUCAGUGUGUGGCUUCGUCACCCCUCUAGAGGGCUCUGAGGGCGAUGCCCAUCGAAAGCCUCAAGCGAUCGUGUUGGAGGGCAGCUACUGGAAGAGAAGGAUUGAGGUGGUGAUCAGGGAGUAUCAUAAGUGGAGGAUUUACUAUAAGAAGAGGCUUCAGAAAAAGAAGGAUGAUAUUCUAUCAAUGCUGCAAGAGGGUCAGAUCGGCCAGGCCAAGCUGGACAAAUGGAACAAUCAGAUGUACCAGGAGCCUGAGGCAGCUCCGGUGGCGGCCCACAUGUUUGACCUGGACUGCCUUCUGUCUGACAUCUCUGACACCCUGUUCACCAUGACGCAAAAACCAUGCGCCUGGGACAGCGACCAGCACGACACCUACACCAGCAAUGCUGAUAUAAUGCAGCCAGGGGUGACUCCGCUGCAGCCCAACCUGGAUGAUUUCAUGGAUAUACCAGAUAUCUUUAUGAACUACAAGGACCAGCCCAUUGAGCAGACUGGUUUUGCUGACUGCAGUUUUUUCCAGAGCUCAUCCAGCACAGCAUUUGCCAAUCUGUCUUCUGAGAGUUUAUCUCAGCUGUCCUCAUCCAAUACUCAGCCGGACCAGACAAGGCCAGGCCAGGGCUGCAGUGAAUACCACUCGUCCAGCAUCGGAUCAGAAGCCAUGUCAUAUGGACACCAGAUGUACCCCAAUUCACCUGUUUCUAUAGCGUUCACCACCAGCAUCGAGCAGCCGGCCACUAUGGCAACUAUGCCUUUUUUGCACUCACCAUCCCACAAGUUUGGCAACUACACGACGAACAGUGUGACCUCCACUGUCAUCACCCACACCGCCUCUACCAUGGGGGCCCAGGGCUCUGUGCAGCAGGGUCACGGCUUCCCACUCAUGGUGGAUACACACGCCCAGACUCCCUGCCACUCUCUCGGUUACCCUGCCGACAUGUCUGACCCGCUCCAGGCGACGCUGCCCUCUGUCGCCACAGCCCACUGCUUCUCAGUCCCGAAGCAGGUGGCCGUCCCUGGGGUCAGGGGGAAGCAGAAGAAAAAGACGGGGGGAGCGAGGAUAGUUGGUCCCUCUAUCGCUCCAUCUGGCUCCCAGUUUAUUGCCCCCGCACCCACUAGCUGCCUCGCUCAACUGCUCUCCGGUGGCCGGGAACGGAAACCAUCGCUGGGAUUGGACUCAACUCUAGUGACAGCCAAAGGUCAGAGGUCAUCAUUGCCCAGCUCCACGCAGUCAAGCCGCAGCGCACAUGUUGGAGGAGCAGCUUCGCAGCUGCAGCAGGUAGCCGGCUGGCCUGUGGGGAUGUCCGUGUUGACGCCUCUGCACGGCCAGAGUGCCGCCCUGGGUCACAGCAGACCUCACGCCAGCACCUCCGGGUGCCUGGGGGUGUCUACCCUGCUAGCCCACGGCUCUGCACAUACCGGCACAAUCCUCCUCAUUCCCAAGACUGAGAAACUGUCUCCUGUCCAGCUCUACGGCACCGACAAGAGCAGCUUAUCUGUUAAUUUUGCAGAACAUCCAGGGAGAACAUCAACACCAAACCCUUUAGACAAAGUCUCCAACCCAGAGUCCCCACAGUCAAGCUUCUCAGUCCAUGGAAAGAUAGAGUCAAGUAAGCAAACCGAGACCAGGAGGAUAACUCACAUCUCAGCAGAGCAGAAGAGGCGUUUCAACAUCAAACUGGGCUUUGACACUUUACAUAACCUUGUGACAACACUCAGCUCUCAGCCAAGCAUAAAGAUCAGUAAAGCCACCACACUGCAGAAGACGGGCGAGUACAUCGGUAAGAUGCAGCAGGAGAGAGCUCAGCUGCACGAGGAGGCUCAGAGACUCCGAGAGGAAAUCCAGCUCCUCAACUCUGCCAUCAAUGCAUGUCAGCAGCAGCUACCAGCCACCGGCGUGCCCAUCACACGGCAGCGCUUCGACCACAUGCGGCAGAAGUUCAGAGAGUACGUCCGGGUGCAGACUCUGCAAAACUGGAAGUUCUGGAUCUUCAGUGUCAUCAUAGAGCCGCUGUUCGAGUCCUAUAAUGCAAUGGUGUCCACUGCCAGCGCCGAGGACCUCUAUAGAUCCACCCUGUCCUGGCUGGACCAGCACUGCACCCUGCCUUCCCUAAGACCCAUGGUUCUGAGAUCACUCCGCCAACUGAGCACCACCACGGCCAUCCUGACAGACCCCAGCCUCCUCCCAGAGCAGGCCACCCUCGCCGUCACCCAGGGCGACCCCUCUGCUGCCCCGGACAACUCCUUACAGGCAACCACCUGGGACAAUGUACACCCCAUGUGACCCUGAAGAACACACCCAGUGGAACACAGUGUAAAGGAGACAGAGAGCCAGAGCGGAGCCUGGAAUGAUU